UACCCUACGCUUUGUAUAAGAAAGUAAUUGUCAAUAAUUAUUCUUUAUUUUAAUUUCUAUAGAAAGUAUUUUCUUAUUCAGUGCUAUGCACAUUAAUUGUAACCUAUAAAUAGCUAUAUGAAGCAAAAGAAAGGCCAAAUAAUUAACUGGCUACGGAUCAUAAAAAAUGGCAAAUACAACAUGUAUUUCCGUGAAAGAUGAGCAAGUUCACUUAUGCAUCUGGAAUCUGCAAAAAUCGGAAUUCAUUUUUAAUCAAAACGCUGAAAACCUUGGAUAUAUUUUCCAGAAAUCAAUACAAUCACCAAAGUAUUUUGCGCCAGAAUUCGUCAACUUGAAGUGGUUUUUCGUACUAAAAAAAUUACGAAACGAUGGAGUUUAUGAUCUACUUCUUUUUUGCGAAAGCGUCAACAAAUCGAAUAUGGAACUUAAUUUCACUUUUGCGAUUACAACCAAAUUUGUCCAAUGUUCAUCAAAUACAGUAAAAUGCAGCCCUCUAAUAAUAAACGGAGUGCGGAAUCAUAAAAUUGUAAGCUUUUUUAUCUCUAAAUUCAAUCCAGAAACCAAUUUAGGACGGAAUUUUCUAAUGGAAGAAAUGACUAUUGUCUGCAGAAUAACACAAAAUAAAAAAUCAUUUCAAUUUCUCAGAAGUUUUGAAUCUUUUUAUUUGAAAGAAAAACUUAGCGAUGUACUAAUUGUCGUUAAAGAAAAACAAUUCCACGCACACAAAGUAAUUCUGGUCGCAAAUAGUCCAGUUUUUCUGGGAAUGUUUUCCCAUCAAAUGAUAGAAAAUAUUUCAAGUAAACUCGAAAUUGACGAUUUUGAGCCGAAAGUCGUUAAGGAAUUUUUACGUUACCUUUAUACGGGCAAGAUUUCAAAUUGGGAUAAUUAUAUAGACAAACUCUUUGCAAUUGCUCAUAAGUACCAAGUGGAGGAUUUGAAAAAUGAAUGCGCGCUGUUAUUAUUUGGAAAUUUGACAAUUGAAAAUGUCAUCCAUGUUCUGAUUUUGUCCGAUCUUUAUGAUUCUGAAGAUCUGAAGCAGAAAUGCUUGGGUUUGAUCAACACGAAUUACGAAAAGAUUAGAGACAAGGGUGACUUGCAGCAUUUAGAAAGGCAACCUCGUCUUCUUAUGGAUAUUUUAAAAGCUACAAGUAGACAAAUCCACGAAGGAACUGAACCUGUUAUUGAAUCUUCUAUAGAGAAAAUACCCAGCAAAACUUCCUGUCUGUGGACCGUAAACAAUUAUUGGGAAUACUGCGAAUCUCCUCAUUUUCAUAUGGAAACUGGGAAUCCCGGGAAAUAUUUUUCAUGGUGGUUCAGAAUGGUUGAGAGCAAAUUGCUUCUUUGUCUGGCUAAAGAUGAUUCAGCAGCUGAGAGUUUUUUGGAACUUACAAUUGUUCUUCAAAACCCUUUGACAUUAAAAGGAAAGCGAAAACUCCGCAUAAAUCUUGACGACAAAUGCAGGCUCUACAAUUUGAUACAAUGGCGAGAAAAUGUUACAAAGUUGAUACUAUUCUGUAAAGCAGAGCUGAUUCCAAACCGCGGAAACCAAAUGUCCAAUCUUCUUCGAAAUUUCGAAGGAGAAUUGUCCUACGAAUUCUUCUUCCGGAAUACAAAUUGCAGCGACGUGACACUUUACAAUCAGGGAAGGCAAUUUCCGGCUCAUAAAAUUCUUCUUGCUAAUAGGAGCGAGAAAUUCAAGAAAGUUUUUUUACCCACUGAAUCUUUGUUCGACUUUACGAAAAAGAACGAAACUCAGGGGAAGAAAAUUGAAAAUCUUCGAGUGGAUCAUCUAAAACCGACAGUUUUUGAGAAGUUUCUCAAUUUCAUUUACAAUGGAGAUACUGAAAACUUGGAUAAUUUAGCGAAUGACCUGUAUCUAGCGGCGAGCGAGUACGAGGUCCAAGAUUUAAAACUUGUCUGCGAAAAUAUUUUGCUGACAAGUCUUAACGAGAAAAAUAUUAUUUCCAGUCUCAUUUUUUCUGAAAAGUAUAAUAUCGAGUGCUUGAAAGAUAAAUGUAUUUUUUUAGUAGCGAAAUUUUUGGAAGAAAUUGAGGAGAAUGAAUUAAAGAGUUUGGAAAGGACAUAUCCAAAGUUGUUGAUGGAAAUCCUAGAGGUGAAACACACUGGAAGAAGAUUUCAAUCUAUUGAAAAUAGUUUCUUUCCUUGUUUUUUAAAAGAAACUGGCAAGAAAAUUAUUUCGUAUGCCUGCGGUGAAGUCUGGUAUUUAUGUCUUUAUUUUUUCACUGCGGAAACAGAAAAAAUGAACGAGAUUCUUGUAGAAAAUGUCAAAUCUCAUUUAAAUUCUUAUAUUUUAUCAAUGUUACCACUUUACAACUAAUUUUAUUCUUAUUCUUCGGCUACGCCAUCUCACGUGAAUAUAUAAUUUACUAUUAAAAAUUAUUUUAC